UUCUUCUGCCUUCUAAGGCCCGGCCGCCCGCUCGCCCCGCCCCCGGCCCGCCCCGCUCCGCUCCGCUCCAGACCCCGCGUCCCAGCAAAGUGCCGCCAGCUGAGAGCACCGCGCCGCACGCACCGUCUCCGCACCAGGGCAGCCCCACCCACCUGAAGCCAAGAUGUCCAGCAAGCGAGCCAAGGCCAAGACCACUAAGAAGCGGCCACAGCGAGCUACAUCCAAUGUUUUUGCAAUGUUUGACCAGUCCCAGAUCCAGGAGUUCAAGGAGGCCUUCAACAUGAUUGACCAGAACCGUGAUGGCUUCAUUGACAAGGAGGAUCUGCAUGAUAUGCUGGCCUCACUGGGGAAGAACCCCACGGAUGAGUACCUGGAAGGCAUGAUGAGCGAGGCCCCAGGGCCUAUCAACUUCACCAUGUUCCUCACCAUGUUUGGGGAGAAGCUGAAUGGCACAGACCCUGAGGACGUGAUCCGCAAUGCCUUUGCCUGCUUCGACGAGGAGGCCUCAGGCUUUAUCCAUGAGGACCACCUACGGGAGCUGCUCACUACCAUGGGCGACCGCUUCACAGAUGAGGAAGUGGAUGAGAUGUACCGGGAGGCACCCAUCGACAAGAAAGGCAACUUCAACUACGUGGAGUUUACCCGAAUCCUCAAACAUGGCGCCAAGGAUAAAGAUGACUAGGCUCCCGCACCCUCCCAGUGCCAGCCCCACCCUAUCACUGCUCCCCACACACUUAUGUCUGCCAGCUCCCUGCCCACAAGACCCCGAGGGUUCCCACGGGAGGAAAUGGGCCCAGGGAGCACAGGGCCAGGAGAGGGGCACACAAGUGGCCUGAGGCAGGUGCUCCACCCUGACACAGACCCAAGGAUAUCCCUGAGCCCUACAGCAAAGACCACUGUCCGGGGAGAGAAGCCAGAGGACAGGCCCAGGAGGCACAGGAAAAGGUCCCUCGAGAGAGUUCAGCCAUUGGCCAUGGCCUGCCCACUGCUAGGAUAACCACUGGUCCCAGGAGGAAGGGGCCCUGUUCCCUGGUGUCACAUACCAUUCCACCUGCAUCCUCACACAGACACUGCACUCACGCCCUGCUAGGGCUAGGGCAGCAGACUCCAGAGCACAGCAAACCACACUACGCAGGGGGUGAGCUCGGAAGGCUGCACAAAGAAGGAUGUGUGCCCCCUGGAAGGUGAAGUCUCCAAUAGAAAACUGAGCACUG